AGCGAACGCCGUCCCGCGGGACAGAAUCUGGUUCCUGUCCGCCGCCGGGCAUUAUCUUUGGGAGGCCGAGCCGGGAUUCGAGACAGGCGCAUAAACGCAGCAACAAAGUGCGCGUGAGAAAUAAGCCGAGUAGAGAGAGAGAGAGAGAGAGAGAGAUGGCGGCGUCGGCAACGGCGGCGGCAGUGGCGGCGGAGGUGAUCUCGGUCCACAGCCUGGAGCAGUGGACCAUGCAGAUCGAGGAGGCCAACACCGCCAAGAAGCUGGUGGUGAUUGACUUCACUGCAUCAUGGUGCGGACCAUGCCGCAUCAUGGCUCCAGUUUUCGCUGAUCUCGCCAAGAAGUUCCCAAAUGCUGUUUUCCUCAAGGUCGACGUGGAUGAACUGAAGCCCAUUGCUGAGCAAUUCAGUGUCGAGGCCAUGCCAACGUUCCUGUUCAUGAAGGAAGGAGACGUCAAGGACAGGGUUGUCGGAGCUAUCAAGGAGGAACUGACCGCCAAGGUUGGGCUUCACGCGGCGGCCCAGUAAUUACCUAUUGGUGUAGUAUUCGCCUAAAUAAAAUUGCCGCUCAAGAAGACUAUGAAUGCUGUGUACUGCUUGCUACUUGUUGUUGGUUUAUGGAUACUGCGAUGCUUGAUCCAAGCUAGUGUGCUUUUGCAUAUGGUUAACCAAAACAGGAUUGCUAAAUCUUAGUCGACUGAGAUUUAACCAAGUCUUAGUCAAAGCUAUAUUGGCGUGAUCUUACGUA